UUCUUCGCUGCGUUCGACGCGGAGGAGCGAGGUGUUCGUGGGGGCCAGUGUGGAAAAUCGAUAGUCUCAGCGCAUUGGCUGGCCCACGGUUCAGUGCGUUCGAGAUUGGGUUGGAGGAAGCCCGCACAGUCACACACCACCGCAGCGACCGUUCACGUGUCUGCUGUGUACGCCUGUCCUCCGUGUGAUCGUUCGAUCGCAUCACCGCCAGCCAUCGCCAUGUCGCAGAUGGGCCGCGCCGUCAAGAACCUGGAACCGCCACGUCCGCUCAAGUCCACGCUGAAGCAGCAGCAGCACGUCCAUCUGCCCGUCUAUGAAGUUCAAUCAAUCGAAGAGCUCAUCACGCUGACGGAAAAUGUGGCCGCCAGCCUUGCCAGCGGCUGCAACAACGCGGACGGCGUGAACGCACUGCUGGCCAACCUGCGGCUGCACGGGCCGCAGCUGGAGAACGUGUCGAAGGACACGCUCGACCGGGCGCUGGUCAUCUUCCGGAACGCAUCGCAGGACGAACGGCUGAACAUAAUGACGCGAUUGAAUCUGCUACAACUGAUCGAGCUGCGCGCCAAAUCCUGGCAGGUAUCCGAUGGUGCAAACACCUACUACAAACACAAGGCUACAAAUGUGGAGCCUGACAUUUUGGCCGACCCGAACCUGCUGGGAUCCUCCCCGCCCAUGGGCCAGGCUGUUCCCGCGCUGGCGCCGGGCGAGCUGAUACGGACCUCUGGGAAGUUCCCGAAGCCGACGAAGAUACCCGGCAAAACGUACUGCAAGGACGAGAUUGUGAUUCGCAAUGCCGACUCGGGAAAAGUAAUGGGAAUCAAGGGACGUAGAGUGCAUAUGAUAGAAGAACUGUCGGAAACGGUUAUUUCGUUCCAAAGAGUCGCUACCGGGGCUAAAGAGCGACUGGUGCAAAUUACCGGUCCAAAUGAGGAAAAAAUCAACUAUGCAAAGCAGUUGAUCGAAGACACCAUUCGCCGUAACGCGUCCCCGGUACGUUUGGACAAUUCCCAGGACGGAUCCUGUAGUUCUCUGGCGUCAUCCGGCUCGGAUGAAACGGUCCCGAGAAAGGAGUCGGCAGGAUCCGGUGCAGCAAACGCGCGCAAUUCCCUCUCCGGGGCCAUGGUGGCAGAGAUGGUAGCGAACAGUGGCGCGAACGGUAUGGGCGCUUUCCUGUCCAACCAGCAGCAGCAGCAGCAGCAGCAGUCGGCCGCGGGCCCGGGUGGUGCCCUAAGUCUGAAUCUCAGCGGCUACUCGCAAACGCCGCCAUCGUCCUACACGCACCCGAAGCUAACGCGCAACGGGUCGCAAAACAGUGGCCAGCGCAAUAGCGCCGCGGGCAACGGAGCCGGCCUGCUGCUGCACAGCUUCUCCACCAACGAUGCGUCGCUCGGCGAGUACAAGUACACGGUGAACGUGGGUCAACACAAUCUGAAGAUUACUGGCGACUGUUUGGAGCUUGUCAAGGUCGCCAAGCUGGUGCUGGACGAUUACUUCAGCAGCAACGAAUUUCUGGCCUCGGUAGACAUGUGCUCCAGCUUCGAUCUACCGAACACGCUUUCCUCACCGGUGGGAGCGAUGCCCGGCCAGCAUUCGCUCAUCACCGGCACCCCGUUCGUGGACAGUGGCGUCGGGCUGAACACUAUCGGCGCCACCGUCGGCGGCGAGCUGAUGGGCGGCGUCGGAGGCAACAGUCUCGAGAUCGACGAUGACGUGUUCAUCGUCGAGGCGGGCUCCUCGGCGGCCACCGGCUUUAAGCCGAACGAACUGCAAACCAGCGGCAGCGGCAGUGCCCUCGCAGCUGGCAACAAUGGCCUGAGCCGGUCUCGUCGGAGCCAUUUCUCGCGCAAGGAUAGUGCGGGCGAUGGGCUGAAGGAGGCGGCAGCGGCCACCGUCAAAUCGGAUUCGAACCCGGUGAAACGAAUCGAAUAUGAGCGGCUGAUUUACUACUCAAAGUCACCGUACUCGUGGGAUCUGCCCGCCGACUGGAAGCGUAUAUGUGAAACUCUUCCUUAUUUGGUCAAAAAUAAGGAUAUCGAAGAUCAGAAAAACCGUUUUAACGGUGAGCAGUUUCUCGAGAUGAAGAAACAGGCAGCGAAAGAGUCGGGCAGCAGUAGUCUGGUGGGUCAGGGCGGUGGUACCCCUAGCAGUCUGCCGGAUGGAGGAGGAGUCGAUGGCGAGCAACCACCAGCGAAGGACAGCACGGAAGGAGCUGGCGCCGAUGAUAAUAAUAACAAUAAUGGUGCAUCAUCGGGCAUCGUCAGUGCUGCAGCACAGAUGGAAAAGAUCGGUGCAUGAGACACAUGCGCAUGUCACUACGCAGUCGUGUGACCUUUAACCUUCCGACUUGGGGCGCUUCUUAAAACCCCCCUACAUCCGCCUGUUGCUGAUAAGCACAAACGAAUCGAACGCGUUUUUUUUUUCUUUGGGUUUGACGAUGAUUUCGAAAUUUAAAACGAACUCUUAGCAUAAGUGUUGUGUACGUGUGUGUUGUCCUAAUGCUCGCGGCAUUAACACUGUUUCCCCCCAGUUUGCACUACACUCUCAUUUUUGUUUUUACAUCCUAUCCAAACACAAUAUCAUUUAGCUAGUAAGAGAACACACUGCUAAGAGCGCAUUAACACUAACCCCCGCUAUUAACGCUAAUGAGAUUAACCUUUUUGUUUUAAUUCGUAAUGUUUAUCUGAACUACUAUUUUCCCUGUUAGGAUCGAUUGCUUGUUCGAUCCUAUCCGGAAAGAGGGAGCCUGAGAGAGGGAAGAUUUUGUUUUGUCGAUGGCACCCAAAGCAUUGCUGCGCUUACAUGCAACUUUGAAGAAGCUGAAUAUACACAACCUCCAGGAGCUAUCCAGGAAUGCAGCUUCGUGGUACUACACAGAGCCUUUUUUCCUACAUCGGUCCCCGGACCGAUGAGAGUUUGCGAGUUUUGUGUACUUUUCCUUUAACACGCGGGGGAAAAUGGCGAACAGUAACCAGACAGCUCGUAAAAUAGUGAUAUUUUGAAGAAUGUGGUUUUAUAUGCCAAAUAAUACUAUGUAAUAAUAUUAUUAUUAAUAUAACAAGAAAUAGAGGUGGGAUAACAACAAUCUAUGCAACCAUCGCUGUGUAACACAGAACAACAAACGAAAGAGAGAGAGGGGCAUCAGCAAAAACCGGUGAUAAAAUCGCAGAUAUGUGAGCGAACUCACACAAGAAACACUCACUCAUUAUUAAUAUUUACUCAUUAUUAUUUUUAAUCCUUCAGCAGCAAAGGAAUUUGUGAACACCUUCUCCUCACCUUUUCCUUCUCUGCUCCCAGCUGCUGUUGGAUUGAUCGUGUUUAGCGAAGAAAAAACAAGUUAACACAACUCAUAACAACAGAUUUGAUGUGUAUUAAAUAACUUUCUAGUCUCAGCGAACGAGAGAAAGGGGGGAAAGGAGCAACAGUCUCUCCGUGUCGUAAUCCAGUCCCUCAUUCGCAAACACGCGCGCAUACGUACAAUCAAACAUUUUCCUUCAUUUUCUUCAUCUCAACACAAACAAUUGUAUUCGAUUUCCCAAUCCAAUGGAACGAGAAUUGAUUGUUUCAUGCUGUGCUGUUUAUUCAUGUUUUGCAAAAAAAGAAUGAAAUCAUCUCAUAAUUCUCAUUUUAGAUACAAAAUUUUGAAAUUUUUGUUUCUACACGUAACGAAGAUGUGAUUAUUUUUUUUCCUUUUUAUUUCCUUCCUUUCUAAAUGAACGACACCCCGACUCGGCGCGAUUUUCGUCUUUUGUUUACUUCUUUUAUUUAUUGAUUAUUUAUACAAUUUAUAAUUGAUUAUUAAGUAUGUUUUUCUUUGUGUUUUGUUGUUGUUGUUUUGUUUCCCGUUUAACCGUACAGCAACGCGGAAAAGGAAUUUAAAUUUGUUUUGUAUCGUUUUUGUUUUAUUCCCUUCUUGAUUUCUCAUACCGAAACGCUCCUCCCACGUGGGAAUUGUUUGUUUUGGUGAUGGAAGGGAACUACUGAGUGACUGUGUGCGCAAGGGAAAAAAGGCGGUUAAUAGUUCUUUUUUUUUUGUUUUUUAGGGAACUAAAACAACGACUAGAGAGAUAAAUGAAAUUUAUAUCUUUUAUUUACACACUCACCCACUCACACACACGCUCAGAGACAGCGGGGGGAGAAGAUAGGGUGUUGUCUGGUGUCCGGGGGAGAUAUAAGGGAAGAAGCAUGAAGAAAGGGAAGCAGCAUGUGUGUGCGGUGGCAUUACUAAGUUAGCUACAUUUAACUUAUCGCUCACUACACCCACACACACCCACACACACACACGCAGAGCGAGAAACAAACCGAUGUAUUCUAACGGUAAACAAUGGAUAAUAAAAACACAUAUAUCUAGUACUUAAA